GUAAGUAGUGACGAGAGACAUUUAAGUGUUACUAUCUCUUUUUAACAUACGUACUACCUACAUAUAUAUAUAGUACUUAAAACAAAUGUAAUCAUGGCUCUUUGCAGAUUUCAGCCGCACGGUAACUCGAAGUAUGGCUCCGAUGGCAUAAUACAUAUGAAAGCCCACGAGUUCAAGAAGUGGCUAAAGAAAUUUGACGCCGACAACGACGGAAUGAUUAGUCAAGAAGAACUCCGGCAGGCCGCCCGUGCGAUGGGAUGCUGGUUUACCAAAAUGAAAGCUAAGGCUGGACUCAAGUCGGCGGACAAAAACGACAACGGGCACAUCGACGACGAUGAAAUUAUCAACCUUAAGGACUUUGUUCUCAAGCAUUUUGGUAUCAAUAUCAUUAUUGACAAGAAUUAGCUACCCCCUGGCAGAUUCGUAUGUGUGUAUUUCAAAAAAAAAAAAAAAAGAAAACAUUAAUGUUUUCAUGUGCUGAGAGGGAUAGGCUAGUUCUUGACGCUUUGAUGUAAGAGCUAGGUUUAGUUAGUGGCGGAGACAAGGUGGGGGUCCCAUUGGAUUGGUCCCGCC